AUGGUUGAGGAGAUUCAAUGGAGACGCUGGUUACUUGCUCCCCAGUCCCGCAAGCGCAAGUCCGACGCCGUCGACGACGCCUGCGACGCGCCCGCGCCCAAGAAGGCCACCACCACGAAGAAGAAGAAGGACGACGACCCCCUCCCCGACCUCUCCGGCAUCGCCCUCCCGGGCGACGACGACAUGUCCGUCCCCAUCUACGACAGCUGCCAGACCGUCCGCACCAAGAUCAACGCGCACCUGCGCAAGCCGGGCGUCACCAAGGCGGCCUUCCUGCGCGCCUGCGUGAAAGCCGCGUACGGCGCCGACUCGGAGCACAAGAUCGCGGGCAACCUGCUAACCAACUUCCUGGCCAAGAAGGGCCCCACCGCGGGCAACACGAGCAGCGUCUUCUACGCGGCGUACGUGUUCUUCGAGAAGCUGCGAAUCCGCGACGGCAAGCCGAAGAACAAGACCCGCGAGGAGAUGGAGGCGCGCUGGGGCCCGGAGGGGUUUGAUAGGGAGCAUGAUUCUAGUCGCGGGUACUUCUGCGCGGCGGGCACGGCGCCGGUGGUGGAUAAGUAUGGCAGGGUGAGCAUUGUGCCGACUGGUGGCGGCCGCGGGCGGGCAAGGGGUGGGUGGAUGUAA